AAACUUCCGAGCUGCAUAGAAGAGGUCAAGAGAACCAUCACUGUCCUCCCUCCUUGCAAGGAGCCACCAUCGGGUUAUGGAUCCACCCUCCUCUCUUAAGCUCCUAGGCUCGUGGGCAGACUCCCACACCCACCGAGUCCAGCUCGCCCUCAAGCUCAAGGGCUUGGAGUUCGAGUACCAGGAGGAGGAUGCCAUCAACCCUAGCCCCGCCCUUCUCCUCCACAACCCCGUCUACAAGAAGGUCCCCGUCCUCCUCCACAGCGACCGUCCCGUCGUGGAGUCCGUCGUCAUCUUGCAGUACAUCGACGAGACCUGGGCUGACAGCCCGAUCAUGCCUGCCGACCCCUUCGAGCGUGCCGUUGCUCGCUUCUGGUGCCACUUCGCCGAGGAUAAGCUUGCCCCGGCGGUCGGUGCGGUGUUUUCGUCGUCGGGGGAAGGCCAGAAGACGGCCGUCGAUCAAGUGCACGACAACCUGAAGCUGCUGGAGCGCGAGCUACGAGACGGAGCGUUCAAAGGGAAGAGGUUCUUCGGAGGCGACAAGAUCGGUUUGCUGGACAUCGUCCUCGGGUGCGGCUCGUACUGGCUCGCCGUGUUCGAGGAGGUCAUGGAGGUGAAGCUCGUCGACCCUGGAACCUUCCCCGUGUUCCACGCAUGGCUUAAAGACUUCGAGGAGCAGAAUGAAGUGAAGGAGACCAUUCCGGCGAUCGACAAGUUGCUGGAGUACGCGCGGGGCAUCCGGCAAAUGAUGCUGAGCCUCAGUAAUGGCACCAGUACCACUGCUCCUGCCGCUGCCGGCACCACCAGCGCCAUUAAUGUUGCUGUUGACGGUAGCAGUGGCUAAUGAGUUCGGCAUUUCUAGGAUUUGGUUCAUGCAGUGUGGGGGUUCAGUAGGUCGCAGUGUUUUCUGACUACUCUUUGUAUUAUAUUCAUCGUUUCUUGUGUCGAGUCAUGUGAUCAGAAGCUCUAAAUCUGGUUUCUAGCAAUGAAAGAUGAAGCGUUUCCAUGUCA